AGCAAGCAUUUUAUGAGCCGGAGGCUUCAAAUCAGCCCAAGAAAGGCAAAGAGGUGCAUGCCAGGGAGCUGCCAGGUGUGGAGGGUGAGGACCUCCGAGAAAACCCUGAUGCAGGAUUUCAGACUUAUGCAACUGAUGUUUUAUCGUGGAUUAAACAAGAAGAGGAGCCACGCUGCCCUGAACGACAAGACUUGGAGAAAGAAGAAGUCUCUGCAGGUCCAAGCACAGUGCACGAUGAAAGCACAAAGAGGGACCCUCCAGCGGAUUGCUUUGAAAGCACAGCACGUGGCUCAGAGGUGCCAGGAAGACCUGGAGAGCAGUUUUCCAAGGAUCGUAGCCCUGGAGUGCCAUGGGACAGUCAGUGGAAUUCAGAAAUGAUGGAAACAAACACCACUGGGAAUAGUCUUGGGGAUGGCACUCGGCACACUGGAGGGUUUGGUGAGCACUUGGAUUUCUUCAGCGCUCAGGAAAACAGCGUCGGAAGGAGACUGUGCACAUACAACAAAUGGGAGAGAAACUCCACCCAGCAGGAACAUCUCCAGGCUCUCCAGGGAGUGCGAGAAAGGGAAGUGUCUCCAGACCCCACGUGUGAGAGGAGUCUCAAUGAAAGGGCAUUCCGUCUGCUGCACUCGCAGCCAUGUGCUGCAGGUGAGAAAGGAGCCGGGCAGGGGCCUGCUUCUGCCUCCUAUGAGGGGCUGCCCAUGGGGCCACAGCUUACCACGCACCCCGACUGCGGGCAGAACCCUGCGGGUGAACCUGGGCUUCAUGAGCACCACGUCCUGGGUGGAGAGGAGCAGCCGUCAGCAGAAAGCGAGGAGAAAUUCCUGUCAGAAAACCCUUUGGCCAGCCCCUGCUGGGAUCACCCGCAGGACAAGGUGGAGGCCUGCAACAAGUGCCAGCAGCACUUGGCACCCCGGGGCAGCCCCGCGGGACAGCCGCAGAGCCAAGGCAGGGGCAAGUCCUACAUUUGCAGCGACUGUGGGAAAAGCUUUGUGUGCCAUUCGUGGCUCAUUAGGCACCAGAUGACUCACACGGGAGAGAGGCCAUACAAGUGCUCCAAGUGUGACAAAAGCUACCGGAGAAAGGACUACCUUCUAAACCACCUGCGCCGGCACUCGGGAGAGGGGCUCUUCCAGUGCUCCCUCUGCAGGAAGAGAUUUGUGCUCAGGAGGAGUUUAAUGAAGCAUCAGGAAAGUCACCUGCAAGAAACACACCUGGCAUUGGCUAGUUGGCCCUGCACGGAGAUCAGGGGGGCUGUAAUGCACUCCAUAUAG